CGAGGAACGAGCCCCCCUCCAUAGUUCUGCCAUUCUCAGUGAAUCUGCGCUGGAAGAGAGUCGGGACUGUCCUGAGUGGACGUAGAGAAGCUGCCAGAAACCAAACAAAACGAACAAUAACCUGCAUACAUAAUACGAUGGGGGAUGUGACCGCUGACUCCGUCACCCUGAGCCUGCUGAUGGAGGCCCGGGCACGGUGAGGGGGAGCCCGCUGGGGGUGGUGCACACGCCCAUGGUCUGCUGGUGUCAGACCUCCCUGCCUCCGCCCCCGGUGCCCUGCCCUGCAACAUACACAUCAAACUGGAGAACAUGCAGAAGACAGGCUCCUUCAAGAUCAGAGGAGUAGCCAAUCAGUUCGCCAGGAGGCCAAAGGGAGGCCACUUUGUCACCAUGUCUGCAGGGAACUAUGGGAAGGCGUUUGCGUACGCCUCCAAGCACUACGGCUCCAAGGGCAAGGUGGUGAUGCCAGAGACCGCCCCCCUCUCCAGAUCCGUCCUCAUACAGAUGGGGGAUGUGACCGCUGACUCCGUCACCCUGAGCCUGCUGAUGGAGGCCCGGGACACGGUGAGGGGGAGCCCGCUGGGGGUGGUGCACACGCCCAUGGUCUGCUGGUGUCAGACCUCCCUGCCUCCGCCCCCGGUGCCCUGCAACAUACACAUCAAACUGGAGAACAUGCAGAAGACAGGCUCCUUUAAGAUCAGAGGAGUAGCCAAUCAGUUCGCCAGGAGGCCAAAGGGAGGCCACUUUGUCACCAUGUCUGCAGGGAACUAUGGGAAGGCGUUUGCGUACGCCUCCAAGCACUACGGCUCCAAGGGCAAGGUGGUGAUGCCAGAGACCGCCCCCCUCUCCAGAUCCGCCCUCAUACAGGAAUUCGGGGUCGAAGUGGAGCGCGUCCCCACUUCCUGUCUGAUGAAAGUGGUAGACAGCUGUGUCCGGAACGAUGACAUGACCUUCCUCCACUCCUAUGACGACCUCGACCUCAUCGCCGGCCACGCCAGCCUGGGCCUGGAGGUGCUGGAGGCAGUCCCGGACCCCGACGUGGUGGUGGUCUGCUGCGGGGGAGGGGGGCUCCUGGCCGGGGUGGCGGCGGCCCUCAGACUCUCAGGGUCGUCCAGGACCAGGAUCUACGGCGUGGAGCCGGAGGGGGCCUGCACCAUGUACCAGAGCUUCUUGGAGGAGAGGCCUGUUGCCAUGGAAACCAAGAGCAUCGCCUCGGGCCUGGCCCCGCCAUCUGCAGGCAGUCUCCCCUACCAGCUGUGUCGGCGCCACGUGGAUCAGAUCGUGCUGGUGAGCGACGAGGAGAUCAGGGCGGCCGUGUCGGCGCUCUACCGCUCGGGUCUGGUGGUGGAGCCGUCCGGCGCCGCCACCUUCGCCGCCGUCCUCGCCGGGGACCGGAUCCCGGACCUGGCUGGCCGGAGCGUGGUGUGCAUCCUGAGCGGAGGCAACAUGGGGAAGGACGAGCUGGCCCGCUUCCCCGACUGAGAGGAGAGACUCCCUCGCCAACCUCGCUUACAUCUACAUUCAGGGCAUUUAGCAGACGCUUUUAUCCAAAGCUACACACACACACACACACACAAGUACAUUUGUAAGAAACAACAUAACGCCGUCGGUGCAGUCAGGAUGUUCAUAGAACCAAGUGCCAAGCACUCACAAUCGUUAGGUCAACCCAUUCUCUGUAUACGGCAAAGAUAGCUAGGAUAGGUUGCUACACAAUGCUAAGUACUAUUUUCAACUGCAAGGAUUUACAACAUACUCUAAGUGCAUAAGCGGGCUGUGGUGGGGGUGUGGGAGGGUAAGGAGGGGGGGCUAUGCAGAGUCUAGGUGAACUGAAAAAGUGAGCGUUGAGUCCUGGCAUCGGCAGGGAGCUCGUUAAACCACUGCGGUGCCAAAACAGAUAAGAAUUGUGACUUUAAUGAUCGAUUUCUUUAGAAGAGCAAGCAAAGGUCAAAUCAUCGGCUACAUGGGAAAAGACAACCUCGCCCACUUCCCAGAACGAGAGGAGGCGUUUGCCAAACUAUGCUUCUAGUGAAGAGUACUUCUGCUCCUGUAGGGCGGUCGCGUUUCACUGUUGAUCUACUUGUGUCGCGGUUUCCACACUUCGACGACACUGCGUUUCAAGGCUCACAAUCGAGAAGAGCUUCAAAGAGACGUCAGCUGGAUACAGCUGUUGUGAUGAGCGGGAGAAGAUGAAUCAUAUCACAAAACCAUAACCACAUUUCCAUUUUGGAUUCAUAUGAAUAGUAGAAGUAGAGCGAGUCACAAGUAUAAAAAAUAAGUCAAUCUUUAUUUUUAAAUCCAUAACUGAUGUUUUUAUAGGUUUGUAAUCAACGCUAACAAAUUCAGAGAAAAGAAGGGGAUUUUCAUACAAUUGACAUUCACUGGUGGAUCCCCACAAAAUAUGAACCCUUACCGACUGAAUGAAUGAAAUCCGGCCACAAAUUGACAACACUCCUGAGUAUUUUCUUGGAACAAAGUGUUAGCGUUUCUUUCAAGAACAAUUACGGCUUACUUGAUUCCGUUGCAAGCCAAUCAUUUUAUCAAAAGCCUCUCCACCGAAGCCCCCCUCCCUCCGACUACGAACACCCCCACAGGUAUAUAGUCCAAAACAUGACCUAGAGCCUCCAAGAGGGACCGGUCCCCCCCAGAGCCGCUACAUCACGUCCUUGGUGGCCAUCUUGCAGACGACAGAGUCUAGCAGACCUCCCAUCUUCUCUUCCUGUGGCGUGACUUUGUACAGCUGGAGACAACAGAAUGAAAAGACAAGUGGGGUGAUGCUGAUGUACAAAUCCCUAUCGACAAGGAAAAUUUGGUUUAGCAGAAUUUAAUAAAAGUGUUGCAGCUUUUGCAGAUUUUAAAAUGCGCUCUUCAAAAUCCUUAACUAAAUCAAAUACAAAAAUCCGGGAACGAUCCAGGUAAGGACUGACAGAACACUAACAGAUGAUUUAUUUUGCUAAACACGUGUCACGUCAACUUAUGGUCAAAGUUGUGUCAGACGGGGUGACCUAUGCCCUAGUGGUUUGGUUUGCAUCCCAGCCCAAAAGGUUCUCGGUUCAAACCUCGAUGUCUCUGGGCUACCUGUGGGUAUCCUUGAGCAAGAGGCCCUAACCCAACCCCUACCUGCUCCUUAAUGGCAAGCAUCUGAAUUAACUAAGUCGCUUUGGAUGAAAGCUCAAUUAAUAAUAGUCCUAGUAUGAAACACGGGUGGAUAGUCCUUGAUUACAUCUACUCAAGUACUUUACGAUAUUGAGUUACAUACAUACUUUAUGCUACAGGGAAAUUGAUUCUUGUACUUCUACUCAAUUCAAUAUUUGAGUCCGGCCCCAACUACCUGCAUCCCUACAUUGGCUACCUCAGAAAAUACUGCCAUUUGUUUUACUCAAAUACUACUUGCUUAGAUAAAUUCAUUUCCGUGUGGAUUUAAUUUGAUCUUUCCAAUCCACACAAUGCGUUUGUUAACCAAAUUGUGAAAGUUCAUUUAUUUUAAGAAGAUGUGAAGGUAAGGUCAUGAUCGGUUGAUUGUAGUGAAAUGGUAGCAGUACUCAAACCUUCCUGAUCUGCGUGACAUCCGACAGCGUUGGAAGCUCCUCCAUGGGGACCUGCUCUCCGUCCACCUUCUCCUUGAUGUCCGCCAACGUCUGGCUCUCAUCGCCUGUAGCGACCAGCACCACCAGCACAGAGUCAUCUGCGUCCGAGAUGCCGAACCUCUUGAAGGCCUCCGAGAUCUGCACACAAAACCAUUUCUCAAGCUUGACGUAUUUGUUCUACAGACAUUAAGGACUCUAGUGUGCUCUCUUAAAUUGUAAAUGGACCGCAUUUAUACAGUAAUUGUAGAUUACUUGGAACAGUUGGAAAAUAUAAGCAUAUUUCUUGACCAUAUUUUGAACAACCAACACGUAACCCACACACACACACACAGAGUAUAAAUACUGUCUGCUCUAUUCCAACAUCACCAUACCGAACUGUUCCAUACAUGACCAUAAAGCACAACUCUACAUUUGAGAAGAUGUGUGCAGGUACCUUGAUUAAGGUUGUGGUCAUGUUGAGCGAUGAAUUCCCUUACCUUAGUUUGUUAUUGGACCCAGAGUAAAAAUACUUCCAGGUAUUAUCGAAGCUGUUUGCCCGUAUAUCAAUGUCAAGUACGUCACAUAACGCCCAUUCAUUUAUGAAACUUUUUAUUAUUGGUAUUGGUGCAUUCGUCAGAAGAUGGGAACAUGCUUGGACAUUAAAUAUUCACAAGUGAUAACAUUUUAUUAGUGUUAUUUGAAAGUGGAAGGCCUUUUGCCCCAGACUAGAUAUGAAGGCACGGACGUAGUGUGUCAACAUCCCUGACCGAACAGGAGGUGAGGGACCAUGACCAACUCACUGCCACUUUCCCUAGCUGAUAUGAACACACGCACGCAUCUAUUCCAACAUCACCAUACCGAACUGUUCCAUACAUGACCAUAAAGCACAACUCUACAUUUGAGAAGAUGUGUGCAGGUACCUUGAUUAAGGUUGUGGUCAUGUUGAGCGAUGAAUUCCCUUACCUUAGUUUGUUAUUGGACCCAGAGUAAAAAUACUUCCAGGUAUUAUCGAAGCUGUUUGCCCGUAUAUCAAUGUCAAGUACGUCACAUAACGCCCAUUCAUUUAUGAAACUUUUUAUUAUUGGUAUUGGUGCAUUCGUCAGAAGAUGGGAACAUGCUUGGACAUUAAAUAUUCACAAGUGAUAACA